UUCGUUCGAAAUAUUCUUUCCCUCCAAAAGUUGCUCUCAGCUCAUUACCAUAUAAUGACUAGUAAAACGAAUUGUAUUAAGGGAGAGCCUAUCCCAAGAGUUACGAGAAGUGCCAUCAAAAGAAAAUUAAGUUCAUCUGUCGAGCAAAACGCUGCCUUAUUGAAAGAUAAUGGCUCCAAAGAAUCUGAAAAACAGAAAACUCUACAUACACCUAAAAAGAAUGCUGUAGUCAAAGCAGAAUCGAAAGGUAACGUGACUAAGAAAGAAAAAACUACAGAAGAAGAAACAUGUAAACCCGAUGCUGGUGGGAUAAGAUCAAAAUCAAGAGGUAAAAAGGCCAAGAAUGAAGAAUCAGCCUCUGAAAAUUUUAAGGAAACUGAAAAGCCUCUCAAAGUUAUCAAGGAAAAAGUAAAAAAAUCUGCAAAGGCAGCUUCAGAAACAAGCGUGACAAAAUGUGCUGUUCCUAAACCAGAGAUGAUAAUUCCUGAAAUUGUGAUCCCGAUUAACAAGCCAUCCAUCAAGCGGGAAGAUGGUCCAAGUCCCUGGAAUGGAACAAUGAAAUUUGAUAACAAAAUAUUUUUGGGUGCCCACAUCUCAGCAGCAGGUGGAUUGGAAAAUGCCAUAAAGAAUGCAAUGAAUAUAGGUGCUUCAAGCUUUGCCCUGUUUGUGAAAAAUCAGCGGCAGUGGGUUUCAAAACCAAUGGAAGAUGGUACCGUCGAACGUUUCAAAGCUGCCUGUGCUAAAAACAAUUUUUCUCCUCAUCUCAUACUACCACACGGGUCCUAUUUGAUGAACUGUGGCAGCAAUGAUCCAACUGUUUUAGCUAAAAGCAGGGCAAACCUUCUUGAUGAGGUUCAGCGAUGUGACAGACUCGGUAUAUUGUAUUACAACAUCCAUCCAGGAUCGACUUGUGGAAAGGGCACACGUGAUGAAGCAAUUAAAUCGAUUAGUGACAGCAUCAAUUGGGUGCAUGAUCAAACGCCAGGUUCAAAAGUCAGUAUUGUCCUGGAGAACAUGUGCCGUCAGGGUUUCACAAUCGGUGGCGAUUUUUCUGAUUUGGCUGAAAUUAUUCAGCAAAUCUUUGACCACUCAAGAAUCGGAGUUUGUCUCGACACCUGUCACGCUUUCGCUGCGGGAUAUGAUCUGGCCACGUCCCAAGGAUUCAAGGCAUUCCAGGAAGAGUUUGAGCGUGUUAUCGGAUUUCGUUAUCUCGUUGCUGUUCACCUCAACGACUCUGAAGGUGAGGUGGGAUGUCAUCGCGAUCGCCACGCAUCUAUUGGCAAAGGAAAAAUUGGCAUUGAAGGCUUCAGAAGAAUUAUCAAUUGCCCGCGAUUUCGUGAUAUUCCUGUGGUACUGGAAACCCCCUUCAUCAGCGACGAUCACUACAAGCAAGAAAUCUUACUAUUGAAAUCUCUUGCGGAAGCUGGUACGAUUUGCGCCUGAAUACCAAAUCGCACCUGUUUAUCUCGGAUUUCCAUCACCUAGAAAAGGUACGUGUUAAUAAAGUAAUCUCGUUAUAAAAAAAAAAAAAAGGAAAAUCAUUGUUGACAGGAAGCUAGGCAACGUUGCAUUUCAACUUUCUAGAUUUCGGGAUAAAUUUGAGAAUAAGAGGCUAAAUACGCAAAUUAUUUCAGUGGGAUUUUCAAUAACAACAUUCUAAAGGGAUAAACUGCUCGAUGUCAAAGGUUCUUGACUUACGACGUAAAUUUUAAACUAGCGGUUCGUCCUUGUCUAAUUGGGCUGUCCCCUACGGCAUCGGGCAG